AUGGCCUCCAUGGAUGAAAUGCCCGCGCUGCCCCCGCCACCCGGGGAGAAGUCCAACUUUGUCGACCCAGUCUACGAUGGCAACAGAUUUGUGGUGGUGAAUGUUGUCUUCCUGUUCAUCUCGUUUAUGUCGGUGGCGAUCCGAAUAUGGACCCGAACGUUCAUUGCGCGAGGGUACCGCUUGGAUGACUUGCUGAACUGGGGACUCGCGGUCCAUAUGUGGAAUGUCCCUGUCAGCCAUCUCUCACCACACUUCCUCAAGUUCAACGUCAUCGCCGCCAUAAUGUACUGCAUCGGCACGGGAUUCCUCAAGGUCUCGGUGCUGCUGUUCUACAUGCGCAUCUUCCCCAGCCGCAACUUCCACCUGGCCGUGUGGGUGCUCGUCUUCAUUGCCGCCUCGUACAACGUCGCCAGUGUGCUCGCCAACGCCUUCUCGUGCAACCCGAUUGACAAGUCGUGGGACGUGACCAUAACCGAGGGCUACUGUAUGAACCGGCCGGUGUUCUACUUUGCGAAUGCCGGGCUGGGUAUCUUUACCGACUUUGCCACUGUCUUGGUUCCUGUGCCUUGGCUGCGACGCCUGCAGAUGCCGCUGAGACAGAAGAUUGCCGUGGGCUGUAUCCUAGCUACCGGAUGCUUCGUCGGCGUCGUGAGCUGCAUCCGCCUUUCCAGUCUCUACACCCUCCAGAAUACCGAGGACCUAACCUGGGCCACGACCAACGCGCUCAUGUGGUGCGUGAUCGAACUCAACCUAGGCAUCUUCGGCGGCUGCGUAACAGUAAUGCGCCCCUUCGUGCGCCGCUACUUCCCCCGUCUCCUCGGCCUCUCUUCAAACGGCAGCAAGAGUGCAUACGCGUAUCCAUCGCAGUCGCGCGGCAACUCGCACCCACUGGCGUCCAUCCCGCGCUCCGAGCAGCCCGGGUUCUCGAGCCAUGGGCACCAGUUCUCCACCACGUUCAAGACGCAUAAUUCGAGCGAGGAGCAUAUUCUGCCGUCGCCGGGGAUGGGGAAGGAGCUGGAUGGGAUUGUGCGCACGGUGGAGUUUGACGUGAAGCAGUCUGGUGGGGUGGGGAGUAGCCAUCAUAGCCAUGUCUAG